AUGUCGGACGAAGAACAUAGUGAAGAAGAAGAAGAAGAAGAAGAGAGAAGCGAAAUAGAGGCAGGAACUGAAGAGGCCGAUCCAGAUCGGCAAGAUAAAGAAAAAGCUAUUGACAAAUAUAAUCUGAAAAAUUAUUCAGAGGACUUUAUGCGUCAGGUUGUUGAUUUUCCCGAUGAAACAAACAGAUUUGGUAAACGUUCCCAUACAUGGAAAAGUAUUCGCCAUCGAUUUAAAGCAGUUCCAGAUCAGAAAUAUAUCUCUAGAUUUCGACGGUAUUUGGAAUACCACGGAACAAAGAGACAGAAGACACAGAACGUGGACGAGCUAGUUUACAAAAACCUAGCCACAGCACGAGAAAAAGGACUUCUGGUUCAUGAUCUGGACAUUCAAAAAUGGGCAACAAAAAUAGCCAAAGAACUGAAAGUGGACAAUUUUCAUGCGUCUCUUGAUGCAAAAUGUUUACUACUUUCUGAUAGUUAUCCCGGUCGAUGUCAUGCAAAAACAUAUGAACCGAAAAAUUGUGGUGGAAAGCAAGUUACCGGUCUACAAAUACCACAAAAUACAACGGAUCAGCUCCAACCGCUCGACUGUUAUUUCAAUCGGCAAAUAAAAAAAUUUCUGAAAGCAUGUUAUAAUCGCGUGGCUUUGGAUGAGCUCGACAUACAUUUACAUCAGCGGAAUAACAUUAUUCGCCUGGGUAAAUCAUCGGUCUUAGAGGCGUUAUCUGGUAUUCAGUUACCACGUGCAGAUUACAUUUGUACUCGUUGCCCGUUAGAACUUCGUUUGAAACGAUUGAAUGAUUUGAAGCAAAAAGAAUAUGCAGCAAUACGUAGUGUAAAUGGGCAGGAUAAAGAGUUAAAAAGUUUGGAUGAUAUAUCAAAUGAAGUCAUUCAAAUAACAAAUGUGGUUGCUGGUAAACAGCAAAAUAUCAGUCCAAAACCGAUUAUUCUUACCGUUUAUAAACACAAUAGUUUAGAUUUAACGUUAAUUGAUCUCCCUCGUAAACAAACUAAUAAUUCAUUUAUUGAGAAAGAGUGA